AUGGAUCCCGGCGUCAAGUACAUCGAGAUCCCAGCGCACCUGAGCAAACCGGCGGGCACGCCCGGCUCGCGGCUGCUCGAGAUCGAACGCGCCAAGGCGAGCUUCAGCUCGGACGACCUGACCCUGUACCUCCAUGGCAAGGAGCAUUUGGAGAGGGUCAAGAGGAUCUUGCCCGUACUUGAGAAUGAGGUCAGUUUGUCGACCUAGGUGGCUCUGGACCGCGGGCGGCAACGGUUCGCUUUUCGAUCGCUGGAGGUUGCAACGGCCCGAUCCCAGUCCUCCCGCACAUCGACUCGCCCUAUCCCAGUCACUGACUUGGAUCGCACUUGAUCCCACCCCUCAGCCCGCGUUCGACAAGUCGCGCAUCCACUUCAUGUCCCGAACGGACAAGUUCAAGGCCGGUCUGGCCAAGGAGAAGCGUCUCGCGCAGUUGCUCACCGAGUUGGACUGGUCCGCCAAGGACCACACCCUUGCCGAGGAUAUGUUGGAUUGGCCCGCCGCUUUCGGGUUGCACAAGUGAGUUUCUUGGAAGCAGCAGUGAGCGGCGCAGUGGCUUUGGCGGAGUGUGGGACAGGGUUCCGGUUGCCUCGGCGCGUUCCGCGGCCAGUUCGAUCGCAGAGGAACAGGCGUACAAGCAACUGGAGACUGAUCGCACCUUCUUCGCCGGCUCUUGUAGGUCCAUGUUCCUCAAGACUUUGGCUGAACAAUCGAACGAAGAGCAGCUAAAGCUCUUUUACGAGCCCGCCAAGAAUUUCGAAAUCAUUGGUGCGUACCCUGAAGAACACCUCGGCCAUCUCAUGCCUUGCUCGAUGCUGAUUUCUGGAACCGGUGUUCUCAUUCGACAGGCUGCUAUGCUCAAACCGAGUUGGGCCACGGAUCGAACGUCCAAGGUCUCGAGACGAUCGCCGUCUACCAGCCCGAGUCCAAGACCUUCAAGCUGCAAUCACCGUCCUUGACCGCCAUGAAGUGGUUAGUCCUGCUGCGAUAUACAACGGUCACCCACUUCGCCCGGAUUUCUGAAUUGACAGAUCGAAUCUCUUGCGCACGAUUUCUCUCGCUUCAGGUGGAUCGGAGGUCUCGGACGUACGGCCGACCACGCCGUGGUCAUGGCUCAGUUGCACACCCCCGACGGACGAGAUGGCAAGCUCGUCAAGCGAGGCCCUUACCCCUUCGUCGUCCCCUUGCGCGACGUCAAAACCCGCGAACUCCUCCCCGGACGCACGAUCAUGGAUAUCGGUCCCAAGGCCGGUUACGCCAUGACCGACAACGGUGCGAUGCUCCUCGACAACGUCGAGAUCCCGCAUAUCAACUUCCUCGCCCGAUGGGCCAAGGUCGAUAUCGAGACGGGCAAGUUUGAAAAGCCCGUGAACGCCCGCUUGAGCUACGGAACCAUGACCUACAUCCGCGCCAACAUGUGAGCAGACCCGAGCGCCCGUUUUGACCUAGCGUACCAACUUGCUGACGGGAAACGCAUGCCCGCAGUGUUCAACAAGCACGUAUGGUCCUCGCCCGAUCCGCCACGGUUGCCAUCCGAUACUGCGCCGUCCGUCGCCAAUUCGCCGAUCGAGACGCCCCCGUCUUGGACGGCAACAAGCCCGCCGAGACCCAGGUGCUCAAUUACCAGCUCGUCCAACACCGCAUCUUCCCGCCGCUCGUGCAAGCCUUCGCGUGCCACUACACGGGCAAGGAGAUGUUCCGUCUGUACGAAGACAAUCAGACCGCGAUGGCCGACGGUGACUUUUCGCGAUUGGCCGACGUCCACGCCUCGAGUUCGGGACUCAAGAGUUUGUGCACCAUCAUGGCCUCGGGAGCGAUCGAAGAGUGCCGCCGAGCAUGCGGUGGUCACGGUUUCUCGCUUUCCGGUGGCUUGGCGUCAUUCUACGCGGACUACCUGCCCCAGGUCACGUGGGAAGGUGAUUCCUACAUGUUGACGCAGCAAGUCGGUCGCUACCUCUUCAAGACGUUCCGCGUCCUCUUGGCCGACCGCGACGCCCCGAUGUCGUCCGAGAACCGAACGCGCGACUACAUCCUCCGCUACAUCUCGGACCCCGAGGCCAAGGCGUCGGCCAAGUACGCCGGUGAUCUUGCCGACCCCGAAUUCUUCAUCCAGGCGUUUGGUCACCGAGCGGCUUACUUGACCGCCACGGCCUUGCGCAAGCGCGACAUUGAGCGGAGAACGUGGAACUCGCUCCUGAUUGACAUUUUCAGGAUGUCAGUCGCGCACUCGCAGUUCGUGCUCGUGUACAACUUUGCCAAUGCGAUCAAGACGGACAAGGACUUGCAGAGCCAACCUGCUUUGCUUCGCAUCAUGACGACUUGCUUCGAGUUGUUUGCGACUUACACCAUGGAUUCGGAGGGUGAGACUUUUUCUCAGGGAUUCGUGCCGCACCACUUUGAAUGCGCCAUGCCGCUGACGCAUUCUCUCCUUCCCUUUCCCUCGCAGCCGCCGAAUUUCUAUCUUCGGGCUACAUCUCGCCCAAGCAACACGAGUUGUUGCGCAACCGCGUCCACGCGCUCCUGGCCGAACUGCGACCGCAAGCCGUCCCUCUCGUCGAUUCGUGGGGUAUCCCGGACUACCAACUCAACUCGGCCCUCGGUCGCUACGAUGGUGACGUCUAUCCCGCGAUCGUCCGCUUCGCCCAGGCCGAGCCGCUCAACAAGACGCGCUUCAACGUUAACAUCCAUGAAAAGGAGUUGGAGGUCGGGCCCGAGAUGGGUCAGUCCAAGGGGAGCAAGUUGUAG